GGAUUUGGGUUCUGGGGCGUGACAAGUAAGCUAAAACCAUAUUUCCAAUCACACUCGAUCAUAGUCCUCAUAGAUCAACCUCUUCGAUAUAUCCUUCAAAAGCCAGAAUGCUUAGGAAGGUUAAUUAAAUGGGCUGUAGAGUUAGGGGAAUUCGAGAUAACAUUUCAAUAGAGGUCAGCAAUUCGAGCUCAAGCACUUGUAGAUUUUAUCGCAUAAUGCACUCUAGCUCUUCCAAAUUCUAACUCCAAGCCGAACAGCUAGAUCUUAUAUGUUGAUGGACCCUCAAGUAGCAAGGGCUCAGGAGGUGGUGCUUUCUUAGUUGGCCUAAAUGGAUAUCGAAGCAAAUUCACUUUCUAAGUUCGCCUCUGAUAGCUCCUUAAGCUUUAGAUCAGUUUUUGUUGAAGUUUUAGAUGAGCCAAGCUUCAUAAAGCCAAAAAUGAUAGAGAUCAACACAAACCCAAAUACACCGAGCUUGACAGAUCCAAUUGUCUCUUUUUUAUGAGAUGGGUCAGUGCCUGCAGAUAAGUAAGAAGAGGUGAGGUUGAGGAAGAAAACGUCUCGAUACAUACGCAUUGAUGGGGUCCUCUAUAAGAGAUCUUUUUCACUCCUUUUCCUACGAUGCUUGAAUUCUUAUGAAGCUGAGUACGCACUUCGGGAGGUGCAUGAAGGUAUGUGUGGAAGCCACAUUGGUGCUAGAACCUUAGCUCACAAAGUCCUUAGACAAGGAUAUUACUGACCGAAUAUGUGUAAGGAUGCUACUCACUUUGUACAGAGAUGCUUAAAGUGCCAAUUCUUCGCACAUUUAACUCACUAACCGACAGAAGAGCUCACCAACUUGGUAGCACUGUGGCCAUUUGCCCAAUGGGGACUUGAUCGUUUAAGCCCAUUCAUGAAAGGGGUUGGAGGUGUAACCCAUCUGAUCGUUGGUGUUGACUAUUUUAUGAAAUGGGUUGAAGCUCGGUCAUUAUCCAAUCUUACUUCUAGAAAGGUCGAAGACUUUGUUUUCAGCUCAAUCAUCUACAAAUAUGGAAUCCCAAAUCAGAUUGUGGUUGAUAAUCGUACUGAGUUUAACUGCUGUUCAUUUAGAGAUUUUUGCUCCAGUUACGAUAUCAAACUACAGUUUACCUCAGUAUGCCAUCCAGAGUCCAAUGGUAUGGUUGAAUCUAUCACUAGAGCUAUCCUAGAGGGAAUAAAGCCGAGGUUGAAGUAGAACAAGGCUAGGCGAGCAGACGAGCUCAACAACGUCCUUUGGGGGGCAUACAAUACUAUGAGUCGAAUUGCUACAAGUACUAAUUCCAACCCAAGUUACUUUCAUUCUAUCUUAUUUUCUCAUUUACGGCUUUACCCUAGAUCAAAUAUGCACAACAUAUAAAGCAUAUUCUAUAACUUAAUGAAAUAGGUAAAACACCUUACCACCUAACUUUUGGUACCGAAGCAGUCAUUCCCAUUGAAAUAGGAGUACCAAGCUUUAGGGUCACUCAUUUCGAUGAAAGACAAAAUGGACAACUGCUUUGGGAGAACCUUGAUCUGCUUGAUGAAGUUAAAGAAGAAGCACGACUUUGCACUCUAAUAUACAAGCAGAAACUAGCCAACUUUUAUAACAAGCGAGUCCACCCUCGAACCUUAAAAGUAGGAAACCUUGUUCUCAGAAAAACUGGCCUAACAGGGUUUGAUACUCAUUUUGAUAAAUUAGCCCCAAACUAGGAAGGACCAUACACAAUGGUUGAGGUGCCACAUCCUGGUGCCUAUAUCCUUCAAGACGCAGAAGGAAAGAGAGUUCCUAGAGUCUGAAAUAUAAAUAACUUGAAGAAAUUUUACCCUUAAUAUACUUUUUUCAAGUGAUCUUUGUCUUAUUCUUUUUUAUAAUUAUUACUUCUUCAUUUUGAGAUCUAUUUAAUUUCUUAGUCUGUAUCUCUGAGAUCAAUCUGUUCACAUUCAAAGUGAUUUAUUAAUAAAUUUAUUCCUUGAAC